AUGUUAUACCGCAAACCUCGUACCCCAAAACUAAAAGAACUGACUCAAACCGUGAACUAUAGCAGGCCCCUGGCACACUACACCAGGCUCCAGCCACCUCACUCCUACACCUUCCCACCUCACACCAGAGAGACACAACAGCGAAGAGUAAUUCGCAGACAGAGCUACAGAGGACGUACAGAAAGAUCGAGCUGGGCCUGAUACCAAGACAUUUACCCACAUGCCACUCCUCGGAGACUUGCAUGGACCAGGUUGUAUACUCAUAUUAUUGCUGUUGGCUUAUGAUGUAUUAUUGUACGUUGACCGUAGUACCACAAGCUGACCAAGGUUACCUGACUACACGAAGUAAGCAGUGGGACAGUGGUUGACCAUUGCCACUGCACUCACACUGGGCCACACUCAGAGGUACAAAAAAAAACUAUUUUAUGCUUGGAAAACCACUCCACCCUGGAACCUGGCUCCUUCCCUUCCCCCAUGCCACAGCACAUUACACAACACCUAAACUCAAGCUCAAGCAUCGACUGAACAUACCAAACACAAGUGCCUGCUUGCCCACCAACACAUGCACGCCGUACACCAACACUACAGCACAUACACCUCCACAGUCAGACAGGCUGCAACACUACUAAUGCACCUCACUGAGGACCCAGCAUUACACCUACACCACCACAAAUAACAUGAUUCAGAAUUCCUGUACAUAGUUAACUCCGGAAACAUAGAUUAUGCAGACAGGGGAUACCCACGCCCCCUUGACAUCUCUGGCAGAGUGUAAGACCAGAGUUUUUGUUCAUAUUUAUUUAUAUUUGUUUAUGUUUAUAAUUAUUUUCUGACUAUUAACGCUGCCUUCUCCUUUUGCUGAAAAGGUCCACUACCAAAUGUUAUAGCAGAGAAGGUUGCCCCACGAAAACACAUUGGCAGCGUCCCGCGACCCAGACAGAGGUGUCCCACCAGUAAAGAGAGGGAAUCAGCUCACACGACGAAGUAGGUGUCCACACAAACCCAUAACUACACCCAUAGUGUCCCAACCAUAAAUGGCCUUAAAAAUCUUUCCCUCAACACCAAGGGACUAACCACCCCAAAUAAGCGCAGGCUACUGUUAAGAGACCUGAAAUCACGCAAAACCGACAUUGCCCUUAUACAAGAGACCCACAUCCCUAAGACAGUGUCAAUAAAUCUGAAAGAUAGACAAUUCCCCCAGAUCCACGAAGCAAGAGCGUUACACAAACGCGCGGGAGUGGCAAUAUUAGUACACAAACAUUGCCCACUCCAAGUGACAGGGAUACAAGCUGGCCCAGAGGGCCACUAUAUCGCCAUAUCAGGCACGAUACACAGCACAAAAAUUAGGAUCAUCAAUGUGUAUGCCCCCAACGUCCCAGCCCCAACAUACUGGGACGACCUCACGACAAUAAUCAACGCAGACGGGGGAGGGAUAACAUUAGUGGGGGGCGACUUUAACGCUGUAUCAAUACCAGCCAUUGACCGAAGCACGAAAACAGGCUCACCUAGGUUCCAUUGGAGAGGGGCACAAGAUAAAUAA